AUGGUUAAAGGACCUGCUAAAGAAGUUGAAAGAAUUGUCGAAGAAAUUAAUGAAAAAGUAGAAGAUGCUAAACGUAUUGAGAAUAUGAAAUCAUUUACAGCAGAAUUUACAAUUCCAGCAAUCUACUCCUCGCAUAUUAUUGGUAAGGGGGGGAGCAAAAUAAAAUUCAUCAGAGACAAUUACAAUGUUAGGAUAGAUAUAGAUGAUAAGCAUGUUGACAAAAGCAACAACGGUAGGGAAGAAGACGAAAUUGUCAACGUCAAAAUAGUCGGGAUGAAAGUUUACGUUGAAGAGGCUAGGAAUCGAAUUCUAGACAUAAUUGACAAAUUACAUGGAGAAAGUGUUGUUCGUGUGAAUAUUCCACCGCAGUAUCAUGCAUCAUUGAUUGGUGCAAAAGGUAAAGGCGUUAGAAAUCUAGAAGUGAAACAUGGUGUACGUAUUAAAUUUCCAAGAAAUAAGAAUUACAAGAAUCAUCCUACCAUCACUCCUAAAGAUUUAGGUUUAGACCCAGAUGUAGAAAAAUCUGAUGAAGUAUUAAUAAUCGGUGGUAAAAGAGGAGUUAGUGAGGCUAGAACAGAAUUGCUGGAUCUUUUACACUACGCGCAAGAUCAUGAUAAUAUUCUCAGUUUCACUAUUCCAGCCAAAUGUUUGCCACAUGUUGUUGGCAAGAACGGAAGAAGAAUCAAAGAGAUUAAGACUGACACAUUUACAAAGAUUUAUAUUAGUAAACCAAUAACUUUGAAUGUUGAUGACAGCAAUGAUGAUAAUAAUAAUAAGCUAUAUGAGCAAGUUGUUAGAGUAAAUGUGCGUGGUAAUAAAAGGGAUAAUAUCAAGGCCCAGAACAAGAUUUUGGAGAUUGUUGAAGAAUUUGAAAAACAAACAACAAUCAUUAUGAAUAUUGAUCCUAAACAUCACAAGUUUUUGAUCGGACCUGGUGGUAAUCGUAUUAAAGAGGUUAUAGCAAAAGCUGGUGGACCAGAGGAUAAAAGUUCUCAGGCCGGGAUUGUUAAGUUUCCUCGACUUGAUGAUGGUGGUAGUAGAAUCAAUGAGGUUGUAAUUAAAGGAAGUGAAGAACUUGUGAAAAAAAUUAAAGAAGAAUUUGAAAUUUUAAUCGAAGAACAAGAAAAUUUAAUUAUCGAUAUUAUUAAGGUUCCCAGAAAUGAACAUUCAGUUAUUAUAGGCAGGAAUGGGUCCCAACUUCAUAAUAUUCAAAAUAAAUUUAAUGUCGAGCUUUAUUUUCCUGGUUCACAUUUAUAUAAUCAAAUAAUAGUGACACAGAAAAAAGAAAAAGAAAAGCAUCAGGAUAAAUUGUUGUUGAUAGAUAGUAAUGAUUUAGUAAAAAUAAUUGGAAAAGUUGAAAACAUUAAAUUUGCCAAAGAAGUAAUAUUAUCAAAACUUCGAUAUGAAGAUGUGUUUAAAUUUCCAUGUAAAUUCUAUAGUAUAAUCAAUAAUAAUGGAUUGACAUCAAGGAAAUUAAGAAACGAGUACCAUGUAAUAAUUGAACAUCAAGCAGAUGAGAGGAAACAGAUUUCAACAAUCAUCAAUAGAAAACCAAUUUUCAAAAAAUCUACUAAAUGUAUCAUUGGAGGGGCUGAAGAAAAUGAUGAUUAUGAAUUCAAUGUGAAUAAAUUUGGUUUUAAAAUUAUUGACAAUGAUGGCGGUGAGGAUAUGAUGGUGGAGGAUAUGAUGGUGGAAGAUAUGAUGGUGGAAGAGGUGAUGGCGGAGGAUAUGAUGGUGGAAGAGGUGAUGGUGGAAGAGGUGAUGGUGGAAGAGGUGAUGGUGGAAGAGGUGAUGGUGGAGGAGAUGGUGGUGGAAGAGAUGGAAUCAGGAAUUGGAAAUAGAAUCGAAAAUGAGAGAGAAUAUUUUUUGAAUGAAAUUUCUUGGACGCUCAAAGGUGUAAAAGGACAAGUUAAUCAAGCUGUAAAAUAUUUAAAUGAAUUAUUAGAACAAGCGAUUAAUACAUGUACCGGAUAUCUAUCAAUUCCUCAAAUAUAUCAUCGACAUAUUAUUGGGCGUGGAGGAUUAACUAUUUCACAUAUUAGAACAGAGAGUCAAUGUAAGAUUGACGUGCCUAAAGUUAACGGUGAUGAUACAAUUGUAAUCAUUGGUAGCAAAGAAAAUAUUGUAGUGGCUAAAAAUAUGAUAUUUGAAAUAUUGAUUAACUUGAGAAAAGAACAGAAUAGUAGAAGAUAUUAA